CCUGUGAAUUCUGUGUUAAUUAUAAAAUUAUUCUGUGUUAAUUCUUUUUUCUGUUUAUUCUGUGUGGUUUCCUUUGUGAAUUUGGACGAAUAUCCAGAUUUAAUGGCGUGCAACGAUUCGUAUGUGGUUUCUUAUGAAAUGUUGCAAGAAGAUAGUCCAGGCUUGGGUGCAGGAGUUACGGAUCAUUUUUUACACCAAAAGACGAGACAGAGCAGCGGGACAGUGGGGAACAGCGAGGAGCAAGAAGGGGCGAGCGGCUGUUCCCCUAGGACGUCAACAGGGACGAUAACGAUGACUAUGACGACGACGCCGCCGACAACACCGACGUCAACGGUGACAGGAACGUCAGGGCCGGUGUCGUUCCUGCCCGCGGAAUCACGUCCGUCGAUAUCGUCCGCGGCGGGCUCGCAGUCGCCGCCGUGUCGAUGGCAGCUGCAAGAUGGUCAGUCGCGUGCGACGACCACCACGUCAGCCAUGUUUUCGUCCGCCUCUUCGUCCGCGGAGACCAGCAAGCUGUCGACGAACGUCCUGUUCUCCCUGCCCGCAUCGCCGAAACGACCGGCCCCUGUCUCGUCCAAUAAAACACCGAACAUAACCAAGUCGCAGAUGAAAGAAUUCAGGGAGGCUUUCAGGCUGUUCGACAAGGAUGGCGACGGGAGUAUCACGAAGGAGGAGCUGGGCAGGGUGAUGCGAUCACUUGGACAGUUCGCGAGGGCCGAGGAGCUGCGUACCAUGUUGCAGGAGAUCGACAUCGACGGAGAUGGAAAUGUCAGCUUCGAAGAGUUCGUGGAGAUCGUGAGCAACAUUGGCGCGAACGAGACCGCCCCCACGGAUCAGGACCAGGAAGAGCAGGAGUUGAGGGAUGCGUUUCGGGUGUUCGACAAGCAUAAUCGUGGAUACAUUACCGCGUCCGACCUGCGUGCUGUGCUGCAAUGCCUCGGGGAGGACCUGUCCGAGGAGGAAAUCGAGGAUAUGAUCAAGGAAGUGGACGUGGACGGGGACGGACGGAUCGAUUUCUAUGAAUUCGUGCACGCUCUCGGUGAGCCAGGGAUCGACGACGACGAGGAGGACGAGGACGAGGAGGUGCUGUCCCCGGGCUACUAGAAUUUUAUCUAUUCUCGUCUCUGUGUUAGAUAGAACGAAUUAACAAUGAACCAACGGCGACGAACGAACGUGUUCACCGUUUUUCCCCUCUGAUAUUCACUGUUCGCGGAUACAGCGUGUCGCGUGCACCAAUAUUCGUCCGAAUGAAGACGUUCGAAUUACCGAUCGUUCGCGUCAGACGCGUUUGUUGCGAGGAAAAUAUAAAAACAAGAAAAUUGAAAACCAGAAUAUUUGGAAAUCACGCUGACGCGGAAGAUGGUUACGAUUCGAACCGACAGGGUGUGCCACACUCUGGUACCGCAACGAGGUCACGGUACAGUUUUCGAAUCCGAUAUUUCUGCCUAGCCGUGACGCUCGUUAUCUUCGGUCAAUGUCAGAGGACCCUCGUUUCGACAAAUCCUAAUCUCACCUCUACCGUAAGAUCCGUAGAUACAACGCCCGCUGUGAUUUUAUGUUACCCGAUUGUUCGUUGGAUUCGUCGACCGAGAAUACUCUCUUUCACUCAAUUAUUC